UUAACCUGCCCCAGUGUCUUGGCGCGAUAACGAUUUCUGCGCGCCAUGUGAUGUUGCAACAGCAUACACAAAGCGCAGCAGCUGCAAGUGAGGUGAGUGGUGACUAGUGAUCCUCCUGAGAGUGUCUGGCAGCGUUUAGACCUUGCUCAUGUGGAAGGCAGGAUAAGUUGUGGUGCAGCUGUCUGUGUCCCGCCCCUGAACUAAGGCAGAACACUCGUGCUGGCUCUGCUUAACAUUCAGUGUCUGGCCCCAGACUGAGCCAGCCGAUCAUAGAGUGAGCUGCUGUGAGGUAAAAGCCCUGUCCUCCUCUGCCUGCUCAAGUGCCCAUCGCCUGAGUCACUGGCUGGCUCCACGUGGUGUGUGCUGGCUCCCUCUGUAAGAAACAAACAGGAAAGCCAGGUACAAAAAUGAAUAAUCAUUCAAAGGCAGUGUGUGACAUCAUACAUGCUUUGCUGUCAAAACCUGAUCAGGUUAAUGAGCUGGGGCAAAUGCUGGAUUCUGGAAGGCAGUCUGAAACAGGAAACCAGAGACCAGAAAUGCCUGUCCCUAGGGCAGAUUUAUUUCCCACUAGUUCAACUAGGUCACAUGGAGUAGAAAAUGAAGUGAGAAGUCUAUUUUCAAGGAAAAGUCCACAAUUUCAUUAUACAAGAAGUUCUGUGAGGAAAAGAAAUGCUUAUCCUGCAAAAGCAACGCAAAGCAAUGUCAGGGGUCCACUAACAUUCAUCAAAGAGCUUAUUCUGCUUUCUGGACCCAAUAUCGAUAAUGUUUUAAAGCAAGGAAAAAAACAAGAACUGCAUGAAGUGGGGCACAUAGUAAACGCUUUUGAAUUCAACAAGUAUUGGAGUGAAGAAGAAGUAUAUGAGAACGUGAGGAAGGCGUUCUCCAUGAAACUUGAAGACGACAUAGAAAUACACAUGCUGAUGCCUUGCCACAACAAACUUGUUAAGCCACUACUAAUGGAAAAUCAGCGUUUGACAGGUCUAAUGAUUUCCAAAAUUUUCAAGCAGAAAUCUGUUUAUAUCCAGCCUUCCAAAGAACUUAUAUACACUGAAAAUUCAGAUCAAGACAAUGAUAGAAGCUCAAUUGAGCAAAGUGAAAAAUUGCCUGAAGAUACUGCAAAGAACUGUGAAACAUUUGUAAAUGAAGACUCCAUACUGCAAUUUAUUAACCAAACCGUUUCCCCUGAGGACCAAGUUUUAUCCUCCGUGGAAGAAUUGGAGAAGAGUGUCCUCUCCCACAACACUCCUUAUGAGCCAUCUAAUUUGGCAAACAGUGUGACCACCCAGGGUACUCAAAAUAUUGUUUACCAAGACAAUGAAAACACAGUCAGCCAUUUAGUGCCAUCAACAUUUGAAGAGAAUUACAGACAUUACACAGAACUUUUUAACGAUGUCCUUCCGCAUUCUGAUGAAGACAUCGCAUGCACUGAAGAAAGUCUAGAUCACAAUCAAAAUACAGAGUGGAACAGUGAUAUCAAUCUAAAGGAUAUUCUGUCAAAUCUGGCAGUACAGAUUGAUACUGAAAGCAUUUCAAAGUUUAACAUAAACCGCAGAGAAGUCUGGGACGGAGCAUGUCGUGGACUAAAGCGGCAAACAUUUAGGCCUGAAAAUCGCCUUUCUGUAAUUUUCACUGAUUCCUUUGGGAAUACAGAAGGAGCUGUAGAUUUUGGUGGCCCAACGAGGGAAUUUUUUAGACUUCUUCUACAGUUUUUGCAAAUCAGCAAAUUAUUUGAAGGACCAGAAAAUUCAAAGACAUUGUCUUGUGAUGCUCAAGCUUUGCGGAAUGAUGAGUAUUAUCUGGCUGGUUUAUCCAUUUCACUAUCACUGGUGCACGGUGGACCCGCUCCAAAUUUUUUUUCUCCUGUCUUAUACAAUGCUCUAACAUAUGGCUGGAAAAAUACUCCACUUGUAUUACAAGAUCUUGUAGAUGUGGAAGCAAAAGAAAUUAUGCAGAAGAUUAUGAAUGCUACUUCAGUUGAGAAUCUUCAAGACGUGUUGUAUGAAAAUAACCUGCUCCUUAAUCUUGCUGGCUGUCUCCGUGUAAUUAAAACAGUUGACGACAAACACCAAAUUGUCCAAGACUACUUGCAUUGGUAUCUACGGGAUAGAACAAUGCAUUCUGAAGAGAGAUUUAAAGAGGGACUGAAGACAUUGGGUGUGCUUGACGCAAUGAAUGCGCAUCCGGAUUUAUUUAAAAAAGCAUUUAUAUGGAAAAAGGAUGUUAUGACAUCCGAUGUCGUGUCUCAUCUCUUCAAAAUAUCCUAUAGUCCAGUGGGUAGUAAUGCAAGGAUUCGUGAAGAGAGAAUUAUUUGCUACUGGCGAGACUUUAUUCUGGAUUGUGAAGAGAGAGAAUGCAGAACCAAGCUACAAGAUAUACUGUUGUUUGUGACUGGCGUAAACCAUAUUCCACCAAUAGGACUUGACCCACAGCCAUCCAUUGAAUUUAUUGAUGGAUCGUCAAACUAUCCAGAGGCUAACACUUGUGGCAAUGUGCUUAGACUUCCAUUUUCCAAAGGUUACAAAGAAUUCAAAGAAAACUUAGAAUUUGGUAUUCUGAAUUCACCUGGUUUUGGCCGACCAUAGUAUGUUUUGUUUUUUUUACAUCUUUACCGUUUGUAACGUUUCUUGAAGUUGGAACAUAGAUGUUGACUAUGACACUUAAAGGACCAUCCCUCUGUAUAAUGUAGUUUCUGGAUAGUUUUGUAUUGUCCAAAACUGGGCUAGAUGCUGAUGGAAAAAAGUAUAUAUAUAUAUAUAUAUAUAUAUAUAUAUAUAUAUGUUCAGUGUCACAUCUCUCUGCCCAAAUCAUCUAACACACCGCAUAACACUAUGCUACUACUGACACUAACAUUGAGACACACAACCUAUGUAUAGUAUUUGUAUCCAAAUAUACAUACACUAAAACACAAACUCCAGUGGUUUGAGCUCAGUUAACUUAUGUCUUCUUAUGCUGGGUACACACUGGCUGAUAUAUCAGCCGUUCUGUUGAAUGGCCCAUAUAUUGUGGGUCAGUCAGCCAGUGUGUACGAACGAUAUAUCUGUGAAUGCUGUCCGUUGGCCCUGCAGUACAGCCGACUACCAAUAUAUCUGUCGAUUUUAUUGGUGCAUCGCUGUGUCUAUGGGCGGUCAAUGAAUGGGCAGGCACAUGUUAACACCCAAACAGUUGAUGAUGUCAGUCCCGAUGGAUCAGGCAGUGUGUUUGCUCAACACAAUGCCCGGCCGUCCAUACAUAUAUAUGCAGAUAUAUCUACUAGUGCGGCACUUCAGCUAUUGAGAAACUACACAUCUCAGCACGCCCUGACACAGCUUUAGCAUUCUCUGACAGCAAAACUGUGUCAGGGCAUGCUGGGAUAUGUAGUUUCACAACAGCUGGAGGGCCGCAGUUUGGACAUGCCUGUACUAAUGUGUACCCAGCAUUAUAUAUAUCAAAGGUGGCCUCACCUACAGUAUAAGUAGUGCAGCCCACCAUUCCUCAUAGUUAAAAUAUCUCAGUGUGCAGGUGUCCAUUUUAGAGGAGGUGACUAGGAGUUUUCAUUAUGUUUAAACAUUUGAUUCAUAGAGUCUAUGUGCAGCCUUUUCAACCCACCCUUUUUUAUUAUGGGGAUGCUUUAAAAACUUGCUGUUUUUUCAACAUAUUUAGUUAAAUGUUUGUUCUGUUUUUAUACUAUUUAGAGCAGAGUAAAAUUUACGGAGGGAGUUGACUGCAAUACUGCAGCUGGUCUUGCCUAUAUUUUUGUAAUAAAAAUUUAGAAAUUGUGACCCAAGCCUGAUAUUUAAAUUGUCACAGUAUAUCACACAUUUAUUCCUGUGGGUGUUCUAUUUGUGUCCAUUACAAUGUUUCUCAUUUAUCUCCUUUAGUUCUUGUACGGUCUGUAAUGUAGCUUUUUUUUCAGUGUCCUUUCUAUCACAUCCUACAAAUUGCAUCUGCUGUUAUAUUGUAAUGUUUGUGCUUCCUUAAAAAAUAAAAAAAAUAAAGUAUUUACAUUUAAAGUCAAAA